AUCUAAUCGUACUCUGUUUGUGCUAUAGCUAACGGGUCGUUAAUCUUCCGCCAUACCUAGUUCUGGCCAGACCAUCGCGACGUCAUUUAGCGUCCCCGAUUUAUCUCCUAAGGCGCGAUUUUGCAUCAGAGAAGUUUUAUCGGGUAAAUAUCUACCAACAGCAUCAAAAUCAAUGUGAAUUUUUGAUUGUGAUUGGUGAUGUUGGCCGGCACUUUGUAAUGCCCGUAUGAACCUAGCAUACACUGUAGUAUGAGUCCCCCCUUUUGGUAGCCUUUUACUCUCCUGAGAUGGUUAUGGAGGGGCUCACCACCAUGGCGCUUAGUAACGUCGAUGGCAUGGAGGGUGGAAAGGUGGACGUAUGUUGUUUUGCGAUAGCUCAGGAACAUAUAUAACCUAGCUAGCACUCCAGCUCGAUAUCACAACUUCUCCUUGUCACCCAGCAUCACCAUUCAAUAUCAACAGCUCAGCAUUAUUAUACCCUCUUGGCUUCGUUCUUCAACAUUACCACCCAGCGUUGCUAUCUGACUCUUCGAUAUAUAAUUCACUAUAGAAAGAAACUCCCCCAGACCAACACCAAUAUGUCUACUGUCAACGGUACUAAGGUCAAUGCCCUGAGUAUCCCUAACAAGGCGGCCAAGGGCGUCCCGUUCUUCACACCGGCCCAAGAGCCUCCUGCAGGAACCGCUCUAGACCCCCAGCCCGAUGGAAGCGUCAUCCCGAAGCUUUUCACUCCCCUCAAGAUCCGCGGCCUCACUCUUCAGAACCGUAUUAUGCUUUCUCCGUUAUGCCAGUACUCGGCUGAAAACGGCUUCCACACAUUCUGGCACCUAACUCACCUUGGCGGUAUCAUCCAGCGCGGGCCGGGCUUGGCCAUGAUCGAAGCUACCGCGGUCCAGGCUCGCGGACGUAUUACUCCUAAUGACUCCGGACUCUGGCUCGACGACCAUAUGGAGGGCAUCAAGCGCACGGUAGACUUCGCGCACUCCCAAGGCCAGCACAUUGCCAUCCAACUCGCCCAUGCCGGCCGCAAGGCCUCCGCCCUCGCGCCGUGGUUGCACAGGGGUGCUACGGCUGCUGCCGACGUAGGCGGCUGGCCCGACGAUGUGGUUGCGCCGAGCGCCAUCCCCUAUGACGAGAAUCAUGUGGUCCCUAAGGCGCUAACACUGGAGGAGAUUGCGCAGCUCAAGAUUGAUUUCGUGGCAGCUGCCAAGCGUGCUAUCACGAUCGGAUUUGAUGUGUUAGAGCUACACUGUGCUCACGGUUAUCUCCUUCACCAAUUCCUAUCACCCGCUACCAACCACCGCACUGACAAGUACGGAGGCAGCUUCGAGAACCGCGCUCGUCUGAUUCUUGAGCUAGCGGAUGAACUCCGCGCUGUUAUGCCUGCUGAUAUGCCUCUAUUCGCACGUCUUAGUGCUACUGACUGGCUUGAGGGUGUUGAGGGCUACACUGGCGACAGCUGGAAAUUAGAGGACUCGGUGCGCCUAUCCGUGCUGCUCGUCCAGCACGGUGUCGAUGUUAUCGAUGUCUCCAGCGCCGGAAAUCACCCGCUUCAGAAGAUCACCCGAGGCCCCGGUUACCAGGCGCCGUUCGCCAAGGCCAUCAAGCGAGCUGUUGGCGACAACGCAUACGUGGUUACUGUCGGUACUAUCAUGAGCGGACAGCAAGCUAAUGAUCUGCUUGUUGGCGGUAACGACGCCGACGACACUCCCGUAGACAUCGCAGCUGUUGGACGCAUGUUCCAGAAGAAUCCUGGUCUUGUCUGGACUUGGGCUGAAGAGCUCCACGUAGCAACCUAUGUUGCAAACCAGAUCGGAUGGGGCUUUGGAGGCAGAGCCACCAAGCAGCGAAAGCCAGAGCCCACGAAGGAGCACUGCCACGGUCCCGUUCCGAGCAGUUAAAUGGUUUAUGACGAGGAUGGAAGGGUUAGAUAUUAUGUUACUUAUCUUUUCCCUAUGCAUUUACAUGCUCCAGCGCUAUUUCUCUCCUACUCUUAGAUUCGUUAGUUAGCUAGCUAGGCAUUAUCGGCGCUUUACAUAUAGAAGAAUCUUAUUAUCUUAUA